AACACGGAGUGGAUUCCAUACAAAACGUGGAGUGGAUUAAAUACAACACACGGAGUGGAUUCAAUACAAAACACGGACUGGAGUCCCAAGUGAAUGUCCCCUAACGUUACCCAACUCUAUUCACACAACAUGGUAGUAUACUAACACAGCCCAGCACGGUAUUAUGCUGUUAUAUUGUAUUAGCAUGAGAUAUGAUAGAGUAUAGCACAGAGCGAUAAUUAGAGCGACUGUGACCCGAGCCGAGGCCGGGUGAGGCCGCGCACGCUGAUGGCGUCACGUCACAACAAGCCCCGCCCCGCGACUCUGGGGGACACCACGUGGGUGCGAGUUGAGCCGAGACCCGGAGCCGGAGCGCAGUGGUAGAGUAUCAGCUGUAGAGCCAGGAGAGAGUCUCAGCUCUAGAGCCAGGAGAGAGCCUCAGAGCCAGGAGAGAGUCUCAGCUGUAGAGCCAGGAGAGAGUCUCAGCUGUAGAGCCAGGAGAGAGUCUCAGCUGUAGAGCCAGGAGAGAGUCUCAGCUCUAGAGCCAGGAGAGAGCCUCAGAGCCAGGAGAGAGUCUCAGCUGUAGAGCCAGGAGAGAGUCUCAGCUGUAGAGCCAGGAGAGAGUCUCAGCUGUAGAGCCAGGAGAGAGUCUCAGCUGUAGAGCCAGGAGAGAGUCUCAGAGCCAGGAGAGAGUCUCAGCUGUAGAGCCAGGAGAGAGUCUCAGCUCUAGAGCCAGGAGAGAGCCUCAGAGCCAGGAGAGAGUCUCAGCUGUAGAGCCAGGAGAGAGUCUCAGCUGUAGAGCCAGGAGAGAGUCUCAGCUGUAGAGCCAGGAGAGAGUCUCAGCUGUAGAGCCAGGAUAGAGCCUCAGCUGUAGAGCCAGGAGAGAGUCUCAGCUGUAGAGCCAGGAUUAGAGGCCCUCAUAGGUGCUACUCGCUGACAGCACUUGCCCCAACAUUCUGCUCAGGCUAUACGGGGGAUCUUUAGCUUUGUCUAACUUUUUUGGCAACGUGCCUAAGACCCACCGUGCUGAUCCAAGUUGCAGGGGAAGGAGACCAACACACAAAAAUCGCUUCUAGACAAAUGGGUUUGUCAAUCUAGAUGAUAGACGAUUUAAAAGUGCAUUUCUCCCAGCGGCUUGCUAAUAUCGGUGGAACGUUCCAGACGGCCGCAGAAGCUCAUCCAGACGCGACGCGAGUGACCGUCUUCGUCCGAUGGCCAGCAGCCAAACGCCGCUUUUAGUAUCAGCGCUGAGCGCCCGCGGGUCGUCACCGAGGCCGCCACAGUAACUCGGGGGGCUCCUGGUCCCAAUGUCUCCCCAACUCCUCCUCCUCCUCGCCGCCCUCGUCUCCGUCGCCUCGGCGCUCCUCUCGGCCCUCUGGCUCCGACGCCGGGGACCCGCGGCCGCCGGGGGGCCUCUCCCCCCCGGCCCGCGGGCGUGGCCCCUCGUGGGGGGGCUGCCCGCGCUGUGGUGGGAGACCCGCAAAGCGGGAGGGCUGCUGCACGUUGCGCUGGAGAUGCUGGCGCGUCGCCAUGGCGACGUGAUGAGCAUCGCCACGGUCGCUGGCCGCCCGCCCGUCGUGGUGUUGAGCAGCGCCACCGCCGUGAGGGAGGCGCUGGGCCACCACCCCGAGGCCCUCGCCGGCCGCCCGGACCUGCCCCUCGUCCGCCUCGUCACCCGGCGCAAGGGCAUCGUGUUCGCUCCCCUGGGGGCCACGUGGCAGCGCCACCGCCGCUUCUCUCACGCGGCGCUGCGCCGAUUCGGAGCCGGACUCGCAACCGCAACAACCGGAUCCAGAUCCGAAUCUUGCUCCAUCCCCUCCCCCGGCCCCACCUCCCCCUGGCUGCUGGAGACACGUGUGGAGCGGGAGGUGUCGAGUCUGCUCCGCACGCUUGCAUCGCGUUCGGGGGGGGCGGCCGCCCCCUUCUCCCCGGCGUCGCUCAUACACGGCGCCGUCGCCAACGUCAUCUGCGGCCUCUGCUUCUCCCGCCACUACCACAACCAUGACGACGACGACGGCGGCGGCAGCGGUGGCAAGGACGACGAUGAAGGCUGCGCCGGAUUCCGCCGUGCCCUGCGGUUGAUGGUGCGCGGCAUGGAGCUGGCGUCCAACAGCCCGGCCAUGCUGAUCAACCUCGUGCCGGCGCUCCGCUUUCUGCCGUGCGGUCCGUUCCGGGAGCUCUUCUCCACCGUGGACGAGGUGUCCCGCUUCCUCAAGGGGAUAAUCCGUGAGCACGAGGAGACCCUGGAUCCCGCAAACCCCCGCGACUUCAUCGACGCUUUCCUCGUCGAGUCCCGCGGAGGCCACGACGACGACGAUGAGGAGGGAGGAGGGGAGGCCCCGGGAGGGACCCGGGGAGUGCUGGAUGCCGAUGACCUCUUCUACAUCGUCGCCGACCUCUUCAUUGCCGGGACCGACACGACGGCCAACACCCUGCUGUGGGGCCUCCUCCUCAUGUGCACCUACCCGGCCGUGCAGGCGCGCGUGCAGGCCGAGCUGGACGCAGUGGUCGGCCGUGGAUGCCGUGUGUCUCUGAGCGAUCGCCCGCGCCUCCCGUUCACCGUCGCCACCAUCAUGGAAGUGCAGAGGCUGAGUUCCGUGGUGCCGCUCGCCAUCCCCCACUCGGCCACCCGCUCCGUGCAGCUGCGGGGGUUCACUGUACCCCAGGGCAGCAUGGUGCUGCUGAACCUGUGGGCGUGCCACGUGGACCCCCACGUCUGGGCCCGGCCACUCCUCUUCGACCCCGAGAGGUUCCUCGACCCCCACGGCCGCCUUCGCAGGAGGGACGCCUUCAUGCCCUUCGGCAUCGGUCGCCGUUCCUGUCUGGGCGAAUCUCUCGCUCGCGUCGAACUCUUCCUCUUCUUCUCCGCACUCGUGCAAGAGUUCACCUUCCACAGCUCCGCCCCCCACAGCCCCGACUCCGCCCCACGAAGCCCUGUCCUCCAGGGCACCUUCGGGUUGACCUACGCCCCUCCACCUUUCACCCUCACCGCCGUUGCCAGGGCGGUUGGGGGAGCGGCCACGUGACCGCGGAGAACUGGACCAUUCUUCACGGCUAGCGGUCACCGCUUCCUUCUGCCAGAUUUUUCACAGGCUGCAAGUUCCCACGGCGUCACUUCCUGCCUCUUCCUCACCUCCCCGUGACAUCAGCCCCCCCCUCCCACAACACCCUCACCGCCCUGUGAUGUCACUUCUUCCCUCAUCCUCACCUCCCACUUCCGAUGACGCGGCACCAUCGCAUUGUGGCGUCAUCGCGUCAAUUUGUAAAUAUCGCCAGGGAAAAAGUUCUGAGUGUGGUUCGAACCCGGGCCACCUGCACUCAGAGAGCGUGGCCAUGAGGACCCUGUUGCAGAUCUGAACAAGUCGUCCUCUCGCUGCCUGGGCAAGCUCCGUCGCAUUCAUAACAAACAAAAAACUCGGAUAAUUUGAAUUGUAAUGCUGCGUGCAGUUUUCGUUUGGUCUCAGAGAACGAUUGAGGGAUUGAUUCAGAGUGAGUGAUUCAGAGGGAGAGAAAUAUUCAGAGGCUGCACGGUAAACCGCACGGUAAACCGCACGCAAGAGGGGAAGGCAAAGCCAAAACCGUCGCUAACAACAAUUGCCCACGUACUGUGAUCCUCUAUUUGGGAUGUUUCCAUUCAAUGCGUGUUUUUAACAUGCGGGAGUUAAAAUGGAGCACCCAGAGAAAACCCCAAACGUGCCGGGCCGAGUGGAGAACGGAGGCUGUGGCGGCAGUGCAGACGCUGUCCCACCAGAUGCACCCAGCUGGUAGACUAACACUGCGGUGAACCCAUGGACGCAGCUGCUGGUGCUGCUGGGUGGUGAGUGGGUGGUGAGAGAUCGGUGGGUGGGAGUUGAUACAAUUCCCCCCCCUCCAUUGUUUAAACAACUGUCGCACCGGGAGAUCGAAGUCGAACGGUGACUUCUGGGAUCGAAGUUCAGUGGCGUGCUGCUGACCACUACACCCCCACCGUGGCAGCUCGCAAGCCGUCCCCCUCGUUAUCUAUGGGGUAAUUAUGGCGGGUUGUUGUUGUUGCUGCUACGGACACUUCCAUACGUGCGGCAAACCCGGUUUUGUUGAAUGUGUACUCUGCUGAACUUCUUUGGCAUCGUACGCAGCCAACCAUGCGAAUCGGAGGUGCGGUGAAGGGCAACAAUGCGGCAGCCACAAAAGGCAAAACAUAAAACCGGUUUCAACAACCAUGAAUGAUACGUGAUCGGUGGUGGCAGCGGCUUUAAAUCCAUAUGGCAAUCUAGAGCGAUAUCGAAGACUCGCUGACCAUAAACAAUGUCGGUUUCCAUCGACCAACCGGCGAGCGAGAACGAAUUUGACAAUUGGUGGUUAACACAUUGUUGUUCGUUAUUCACGCAUUUAUUUUUCAGAAACGUGUUGGGUCAGGCAAGGGUGGGGGGUGGAGAUACUCGUUUGCGACAAAAGUCAACAAGGCUGGGUACAGUAGCUAACCAAGGGUUGAUAAACCACUACUCUCGGGCAUGGGUCGGGAACCUUCGGCUCCGGAGCCGCAUGCAUCUGAUUUAAAUGUAUUCCAAAUCAGAGGACCAGUCAUCAAAUAGGCACCUCCAGUCAGUACGAUUGGCUUCGUACGGUGCGAAAAGACGUUCAACAUGCAACUUGACAAUUGGUCUGAAGACUACUUAAUACUUGUGACUGUACUGAAAGACUCAAAGAAUACUUGAUACUGUUUAUGCAAAUGAAAAUAAACAUGAAUCGAUGGCUGAAUACAGAAUUUAAGUUUGCAAGGCAUGAGCCGGUGCACAAUCUGAACCUUAUGGUGGUACCCCGGCUCUCGCGUAAUAUCCGUGAUGCAGUCAUUUUUAAUCUGUUGCUGGUCGGUGAUGCGGGAAUCGACUCAUCUUUACGAGCUUGGACACGAUGCACCACUACGGCGCGUACGAGCGUUCAGGGUUUCAGCGCAAUCGUCCUCGGAGUAGCACCGAUUUCGGAUUGAUUGGUACCCCAGUCGCAGAGUUAAGUACACCCCUGGAAAAAAGUACUGUCCCAGAAAUAACAUCUUUAAUUGCCUCGGUCAUUUUGUAUUAUUUGGUACCCUGGGGUACCGCCAUAAGGAUCAUUUGCGUUCAUGAAAAGGUAAAAAAACGCAAUAAAGGCGAUCAGCUUUCA